CCGCAGUGACUCUCCUCUCUCCACCUCCGCUGUUGCUGCUGCUCUACCUCACAGACCAGGACGGAGUCACCACAGAGCCGCUCACUCACUCACUCAGUCAGUCACCGGGAGGAUUUACUAAACUUCACCUGCUUUAUUAUCUCUCCUGCGUCCUAGGAAGGUCUGUGUCUCUCGUUUUUUUUGUUUUUCCUUUUUUUUUUCUUUAUCAACCUGCGCAAUGAAGGAGAGGAGACUCACGCAGCCCUGUGUAGCGAGGUGUAAGCUGGUGCUGGUUGGAGACGUCCAAUGCGGUAAAACUGCGAUGUUACAAGUCCUGGUGAAGGACUGCUACCCAGAGACCUACGUCCCAACUGUGUUUGAGAACUACACGGCCUGUCUGGAUCUGGAGGACCAACGUGUUGAGCUCAGCCUUUGGGACACAUCAGGUUCUCCGUACUAUGACAACGUCAGGCCUCUCUGCUACAGUGACUCCGAUGCAGUGCUCUUAUGCUUCGACAUCAGCCGACCAGACACGGUGGACGGUGCGCUGAAGAAGUGGAAAGCAGAGAUCCAGGACUUCUGCCCCAGCACUCGUAUCCUGCUAAUAGGCUGCAAGACCGACCUGCGCACAGAUGUAUGCACUCGCAUGGAGCUGUCCAAUCAGAAACAAGCUCCAAUCUCCCAUGAACAGGGGUCGUCCUUGGCCAAGCAGCUGGGAGCGGAGGCUUACCUGGAGUGCUCAGCCUUCACGUCGGAGAAGAGCAUCCACAGUGUUUUCCGUACUGCGGCUCUGGCCUGCAUGAACAAACUCCAGCCUGCCAACAAGCCCAGCCCGGUCCGCCGACUCUCCAAGAGACUCCUACACCUGCCCAGCAGGACAGAGCUCCUCUCUUCCACCUUCAGCAAGGACAAGUCCAAGAGCUGCUCCAUUAUGUGAAUGCUGGAUGAGAGGAUAAGAGAGGACCUAUACUGUAGCUGCUGAGCUCUGGAGCAGGGUGCGCAACGGAAAGAGAGCAAUGAUGUGGAUUUCUGCAAAGCUUCUCUCUCCUUUGCAGCAUCCUCCCCGAGACUCCUGUAAACCACUUCCAAAAAGAUCUCUCUAUAGUCAACUCUGAAAGUUUUGAUCAUAACUUGUCACCAGCACAAACCGCUCGAUGUUCAAUUAAAUUAUCUUAUACAAGCAGAGCAGAACAGAGGCGCUCUGAGCUGCAACGAGGCUGCCGUGAAUCAGCCCAAAUAAGGUCAGUACCUUUUCGCUUUAGCAUGAAGGAAGUGGUUGUAAACACUGCAUUAAACUGAUGAGGCCUACUUGAAAUUCCAAUAGCGAUGCCCCCUUCUCAUCCAUCUCAUUGUCUGAAUGUCUGUUUAAGGUCACGGCGUGGGCCGAGUGACGAGGUGAAAUGUAAAAUCCGACAGUGACAGUAAGUGGUAUCUACGGAAAGGCAGCACGGGGAAUUUAAAACAUCGGCCCUUAAAGAAAUUAUUCCCCGGCUGACCCCUCGCAAUAUUUUCGUUUGGGGGGGGGGAAUUAAAGCUGACGGCGGAGGAAAGGUGGAGAGAGGGGAGGGAUUUGGCAAGCGGGGUGUUCAUUUGCAAAGGCAGUGGGAGGACAAAGCGAGAGCACAUCUGAAGGAGCGCAGUGUGACUCAGCACUCACAUGAGCCACGAAACAGUCAAGGGUGGACUUAAUGUGUGAGAAACCAACUCACAAAAACCCUGUGCCAUAUAAAUACUGACUGAAUAUGUCAUUGUGAGAUUCAGUUCACAUCAUCCAUCACCACAGCAGCUUUGACUUACUUGUUCUGGUGGUGUUACAUGUGGAUGAAUCACCUUUUUUUUGGGUCCUUAAUGGAUGCCAGUUUUCAUAGAUGUUUUAUCAAGACCUAUGGUGGUUCAUUCAUUCUUGUUCAUUGACCUGACAAAGAUUUCUGAAUGGAUUUAUCGUACCAAAAGAGAAGAAGUCCUCUCAUAUGUCUCAAGCUCCAGAUGCUAAAUUCAAGGUGUUUUACACCAACUUAACAACGUACACUUAAAACUUCAGCUUAUGAAAAGAGAGUGCGUCCUAUUUUACCCACAGUUCAUCUAAACUCGUAGAGAUAUGGUCUUACAUUCAGUCCUGGAUAAACAGUGAAAUCAAAUUACUUUAACUACACUUGGUGUGUUGUUCCCAAAAAAGUGUUUGUUUUUUUGUUUUUUACUCCCACACACAUGCAGUGAAAAGAGCGACUGUAAAACAGUGAAGACAUUUUUCUGAGCUCCACAAACCACUUACACAAAAAACUGUUUUGGGAGUCUGAGUUUUGGUCGCGUAUGCUUCCUGUGUGCUCACCUUUAAAAGUCACAGACACUAAUGCUCUAAGGGCCCAGAAUCCACCCAGUAUCCAGUUCUUGUUGUUACAGCCGUGGGUACCUAGAUACCAGACUCAAAGAUGGCACCUGCUCUCCUUGACUGAGAAUUCAAGGUGUACUUCUGUGUUGUACAGCUCGGGUCAUGAAUUUCAGAUUGGUGGAAGAAAACUCACUUUUGUCGACCGUUGAGAGGUUUUACAAACACAUCUUCCGUGGAUUAAAAAUUCAUAGUGACGCGAGUGAAAUCUGACCUUGGAGGUGUUUUACAGAUGCCUGAUUCAUAACGGUGGUCUUUUGACAAUGCUUGUGGGCUGUACUAAUUCAAGUUUCCUAGCUCCAUUAUUCCAGAUAUCUUAAUACAUCCACGCCCGCUGGCCUGAAUCAAAGAUGAGGAUGAGAGACGCAUUUAACAAGAUGACAAUUUAACCUAAAAUAAAUCAUGUCUGCAUGAAGACUUGGAUGCCCCUGAGAGGACACUGGGGGAGACGUCUGAGUUGAUUCACUUAAACAGGCUGGUCCUGUCUUUUCUUUCUGUGCUUUGGAUAUAUUUUAUUUAACAACUAUCCAGAGAACUGUUCUUCUCACAUUUUCCACUUAAAAUAACAGACCUUUUGUUUUUCCUGCCUGGUGUUGCUCCCUUCUCCUGACUGUCACUGGUGUUUUUGUGGCCGUUGAUGUUGUUGUGGGAUUCAUCGGAGUCUUCUGGCAUUAGCCGCUGUUGACAGCUCGGCUAAUGGAGGGACUUGAUGAUUUGUAGGUCUGCACUGAAAAAGGCUGGCGAUGUGCAGAGCGCUGGAAUUUAACGCGUUGCCUGGCAACAGUGCGAGCAGGGGCAGUUCAUGCCUCAGCGAGAGAGAGAGAGAGAGAGGGAGGGAUGGCUCUCCGAGAGGGCGUCUCACCUUUUUAUUUGUAGCAUUAGACAGACGCCACAGCGAAGGUGAUGGCUGGACUUAUCAGGGAGCGGCGGACCGCCCAGGACGUCUACGUGGCUUCAGACACCCCACGCCGCCAGUGGCCAGGAGUGGGUUGUCGGAAACAACAUGACAUCUAAAACGUGUUUCUGUAGCUCUGCUGUACUCAUCAUUUCACUUCUCAGGCGUGUCUGACGCAUCCUGCCACCUCGGACAAGAUGCAUUUUCUCCCGUACACAGCCAUCGCUUCGCUUUGCUCAUUUUGUCAGACGGAUUUGUUUUUGUUUUUUUUCUGUACAUAUCCUUCCUCUUACUUCAUAUUAUAAUAAAUUCCCCCCAAAAGAAUGUUACUGAAGCCAAAAAACAAAACAAAAAAAAAAUGCUUGUGUGAAGUUGCCUUUUACGGCUUAAAUUAUUUGCUGAAUUGUGUAUUUGUUAUUGCCAUUCGCUACUUUGUCUAGAUCUUUUGUUUAAAUAAAUAUGUAUGAAGUCAAUUUACAAGUCAGUGUUUCUGUGAUUAACAAAUUAAAGUUGAUGGAUGUGUCGUCA